ACUUCCACCGCUGUGAGAAGGCGAUGGCGGCCAAGGGGGCGGACGCCAGCCCCUGCCAGUGGUACUUCCGGGUCUACAAGUCCAUCUGUCCCACCGCCUGG